AUUUAGUCAAGUUUUCAAAAACUGAAGGUUGAGUGGGUGAUUGCUGUUGCUCAUCAGCGCUGGGAUGGAAACUAUCAGCGAUGAUGAACUGCGAUCAGCUUUGUCUAGAUAUCUAGAUGUUGUUCCUCCAGUGACAGAUUCGACUCGAGCAACCUUGAUCGCUAAGCUGAAAAAAUGCAUAUCGAAUGGUUCUGAGAGUUUAUUGAAAGAUUCUCCACAAAACGUCGUAGAUAAUCCUGCCACCGUAACAGAAGAUAGACCAAUACAGACUGUAAUUUCCGAAAAUGGUCAUGAAUCACCGAAAUAUGAGACGACAUUACUGCAGAAACCUGUGUCUACUAAAGAACUAUCUGCAAGUUUUAUGAAUGGGCUACCAGUACAAAACCACUCAUCUCCCAUACUAGAAUGUGUUUCUCGACUUCCGAGUUACCGUCGACGAUCUAUACAUCCAGAUCGACCAGGAAUAAAUGAUCCCUACGCUGAUGAUUUGGCUUGGUUUCCAUCGUUAACACCAACAAAAAGUCGUGAACCGCCCAACAAACAAAAAACGUUUCAAAACACGAAGGGAAUCCUCAGGGAAAAUCUUAUAAAAUCCUUUUUGUAUGUCAUUAUUGGUCUGGUGUCUGUCAUUCUCGAUUGUUGCUUUUCCUCCCUCUCUAAAUUAACGAGUCCCUCAAGACUGACUGAGGUUUCCAAGUUGUCGCAUCAAACUAGUUGCCAAUUAAUCUAUGCAUCGGCGGUGUGACUUGGUUUAUACAGUUAAUUGAGCUUCCAAACAAUAUGUCAUAUCCACUUGUACACCAUCCUUACGCAUCUGCUUUUGUGUAAUUUUAUUUGGAUUGCUUUUAUGUGGUGGGCUGUAUAAAGUUCUACUCGGAGAUCCAUUUUAUCAUAAUCCCGCGGAAGAUCUAUAUAACAUCAUACGAUCUCCUUUUGUUAAGUAGGCAUUGUUUAUUUUAUACUGGGAUGACUUUGUAAUCCCGGUUAAACAUACUUCAAUGUAUUUUCUAAAAUAGUUUUUUUAAACUGUUUUGUACUAUAUUGUUUACUUUUGUAUAUGUACUUAGUGUAAUAAAAUAUGAAUGUUCUGGAGGGUAUAUAUUUUGUUCUUUAAGGAAUCCAACCUUUUAGAUCCUUAAAUAUUGUCUUGCUCUUCCUACUUCUCUCCCCCGAUAUUAACCAGAUACAUAUCUCACUUGUCUUAACGGUAGCAUGAACCAUGAGAUCUUUUAUAUCCUCACUGAAACAGAACCAACUGUAAACUCAUCA